AUGCCUUCUCAGACUUCCACUCUCUACUUCCUCACCCUGGCCCUUGCUGCCACAACCUCAGCCAUCGCUAUCCCAGUCAGGGCUAUUCCCACCACUACUGGCAUUACCCCCACUCCUACUAUCAGUUCAGUCGUCAGCAGCUCCUCUACAAUCGCCGUUGCUGCACCCUCUUCUUCGGACAACGUCCCAUCUGAGGCAAUGAACUGGGACUGGGCAGCAACCGCCCUCGACCUCAUGAAGUCGAACAUCAAGGGCAAGGAAGACGGUUCCAACAUCAAAGAAGAGGAGAACGUUUCUGCUCCCUCUUCCGUUGAAGCCCCGGCUCUGGUUGUUCCAACCAUAAGUAACACCUUCAGCACCCUGGUCACUCCAGCACCCAGCAGCUCCGCCAUCGCCGCACCCACACUCACUCUCACCCACGACACCGCAGCCAAGGCCAUCCCAACCGAAGAGGCCGUGGCCUGGAACUGGGCCCUCCCGGCCCUCAAGCUCAUUGAGAGCCGCGAGCUCGGAGACUCGACAUCCUUCGCCAACCGCCGCACAGGUGACAGAGCCGACAAGGUGGACAGCUCCGACCUCGUCGAGGACAAGAUUGAGCAAGAUUCCGAGCAUGUUCAGCUCGAUGAGGCCGCAAAGGAGAGCAUUAAACAAGCCGAACCUCCUUCCCUGCCGCUGCAGACCGCUAGCCCUAGCGUGGAGGAGCGAGUAGAGCCUACUAAAGUCAAGGCUGACUUCACCAUCCAAACCGAGACCCGUCUCUUCGAGACCAUUGCGACUCCGGCUGUCGAGACUCGCGCUUCAACACCUAUGACGAUGGAGGCUUGA